AUGCCUCUCGUAGUCCCCGGUCUGCAGUCCAAGGAUGGAAACGGCAGCGACGACUGGAUGAGCAAGUUGAUGGGCAAGAAGCUCGGUGAUCAGCAUGAUGAGGUGACGUUCGCAAAAGCCGAUCUCCCCAAGGAACACCGCAUUCUCAAGCCCGACUCGAUGAAAACUAUGGACCACAAGCCCGAGAGGCUCAAUGUCCAUGUUGAUGAGGACGGUACUGUCAAGGACAUUACGCAUGGCUAG